AGAAUGCUAUUUCGAUACGAUGAAAAUAAGUGGCAUACUUUUGAUGAUUAUUGUGAGUAUGCCAUUUCAGUAAACAAAUAUCGCUGGUAGGCUAGUAAUUACUACAUUGAGGCUUUGUGAUGCCGAGAUGAACUGUGACCCGACUGGCUGUGUCAACAUCCGGCAUACAUGUUGAGCUGUCACUGUCGUUGGGACACGAGAAUGGACGCACUGUAGUGUUUUUGAGAGUUUAUCAUGCUUGGGAAUAUCUGUGUUCUGUUAAUAUUGUUGGUAUUGAUACAUACAGGAUUUUCGGUCCGCAUUGAACAGUGCAAUGAUGGUCAGAUAACCGUAGUGGAAGAAAGUACCAGCAUCAUCACCUGCAGCGGAAUCAGGAAAGACAGAGAUGUCGUGUGGUGGUACAAACUACCUAAUGGUGAUUAUACAUACAUUGGAACAUGCAGAACUGACAACAGUUGCACCAAUAACUUCCGCCUGAAACGAAAGGGAGAAAAUAGUUCGUUGAUCCCGACAAGGACAGAUGCCGGAAUAACAGUAGCAUGCCAGCAAAACAACUUGGUUCUCCCGAAUGAAUAUCAUGAGUGUGUCAUUUCGCUAAAAAGUCAAGUGGCACUGAGUAACUGCCACGUGACAACCAAUGUAUCCAGUUGGUCUUUACGUGGAUCCUGCUUUCUUCACAAGAUGUUCAGUUCCCUUGGUGAAUACGAUUGCUUCUGGGUUCUUGGUCAGGCAGCCUUCAGCGAGUUCGUGAUCAGCGAAUUACAACCGUACACUGAUAACAGCACAGGGUUGGCCUACUAUCAAGGGAACUGUUCAUUUACCUCAUCAUUACCGAGUGGAAAAGGAACCUACACAUACUACAUCGUUAGCAAACCAGAACUUGCUGAUAAUUAUUCGUAUCAGUUGGUCAUUAGUAGUCCAGGUCCACUAGAUAUUUCGUCAUGCCCAGCGUUUGUCCCCGAGAAUGCCAGUGUGAUCUGUAAGUGUGGGGCAAACCCACCUGGAAGUCCACCUGCUGUCGUGACAUGGGAGGGACACAAUGAUUCAGCAACACUUGAAUUGCUCCAUGUUCAUCGUGCUGACAAUGGCCGUACAUUCAUCUGCCAUCUCACCUGGCGCACAUCGCAAUCAGCAGAAUUUAAGCUCCGCGUUGCCUACGGUCCAGACCGAGCUGAAAUAUCAGAGUCGACCUUCAAGACUGGUGCUGGAGACACAGUAACAAAUCUGACAUGUAAGGCAUCCGACUAUUUCCCAGACGUCCUCUACACGUGGAGCAUCCCCUGUCACAUGGAGGUCAGAGUGGACAAGGCCAGUGUCUGCAGCAUGACCUUUCAAACUCCUGAGACUGAAGUCACGUGCACGGCAGUCAACACUCAAUUCAGCACGUUAAAAGCCGUUGCUGUCAUGACCUUUUAUGGAGAAGGUUCGCCACAGGAGUCAAAGGUCACGGCAUUCUUGUUGCCGCUCAUUGGAGGAAUACUGGGUAUCUUAACGAUUGUGUCCAUCAUUGCUGGACUUGCUGUUUGCAUUAAACGACGGAAAGAGUCAAAAGUCACAUCAGGUUUUACUGAUUACACCAACGAAACAUACAUAACCUCUGCCGAAGUUAGCUCAGUUGUACUGACAAACUUGCCGGAGGAUGAAGGCAGCAAGAACACUGGAGAUAUCGGGACAAAACCUGCCUUUAGGACAUCAAAUCUUAAACAAGCCCAAGAUGUGGGCACUGCUCGGACGAGAGAACACGGUGACACGUCCAGUGACUUAUAUGCAGUUCCAGACAAAAGUGCAAAGUUAAAACAGAAACGAGAUUCUAGACAAUGUAAAGAGUCUAGAGCAUCAGCAAUGACUGAGAAACCAAAAAGUAUGUGUGUCUCAGAAGAUACUGGAAAUACCAAGCAAAUCUUUGAUGAUUCUGGUAAAUUCUAUCACAGCGGCUCAGAAGGUCUGUACGAAAACGUGGCCACACGGAAGACCGAAAGAUCCGCUGAAUCAGUUGACUCCAGGAAACAUACCUCAUCAAGAAAACUUCAGGAAGAAAACCCUGCACAACUUCAAAAUGACGAUGUGUUGUACAACAGACUUUGCUUCUCGUCAAAAACUCAUUCUGUCACUCUAACGAGUCCUUCAGAAUCUGUCUACAAUUGUCUCGAUCACCAGUAAACAUCGAGGAACCUUUCAUUGUGACAUUUCCCAGCUACCUCUAGCAUAUGUAUUAAAAUAUCACGUCUCUUCUAAAGAUUGUACAAACAGAUUGUCUGUGAUUAGUGUUGAACUUUAAGACACUUUCCACUCUUAUAGUUGUCGUCUGCCUGAUUGAUGUUGCUACUUUUAUUGCCUUGUUUGACUGAAAAAGUCAGUAAACACGAGAAUGCAUAAUAAAUCUUUACACUGUUAUUAUCGACAACAUUUUCAGUGCACGAUUUAUUUGUCCUUGUUGAUGUCUUGUGGUCAAAUUAACGGCAAUGAGAAAUCUUACAUGUUACUUAAAAUAUUCUUGCUUUGUUGGGCUUUGAGUAAUUAUAUAUAUAUUUUCGUACUUGAACUGUACAGAAGUUUUGUUUCGUAAAUUGAAGAACAGACCAGAGUCUAGUAAAAGAGAAAUUGACGAUCAUAAAGUCUAUUUACUUGUUUCAGAAAAACUUUUGCAUUAAAACAUUACCAAGUAAA